GUUUAUCUAAGAAGAGUUUGAUGAGCUCACAUUGACCUCAGAGAUCGUAACAAUCCCAGUAUGGACAGCUUUGUGUUCCCAUCAAGCUCAACUCAGGUAGCCAUGGAGAAACCUCUAAGCCUUGACCAGCAGUAUUCUCAAGCCUGCCUAGAACUGCAGCUGCCAGAGAACCCGUUCAUAUUCAGCAUUUUCCAGGAAGCGGCGCUAGAUGAUGACAUAUUGACCAAAAAUAUAACUAUAAAGAUAGCUGGAAAUAACCGUCUGAUUCCUGUAGUGAAGGUUACAGAUGAAGACUUCCAAGCUCUGGCUGUAGUCUUUUCAAACAAUGCGUUUCUUACAGGACUGGACCUUCGGUACAACCGGUUAACGGAUGAUGGCGCAGCCCUCAUAGGUGCUUUCCUUCAGGACAAUCGGACCCUGCGAUACCUCAACCUGAUGUUUAAUGACAUUGGUACUGCUGGAGCAGAAUCCAUAUCUAAAGCACUGCAUAGGAAUGACACUCUGAUAUACCUAAGAAUGACUGGCAACAAGAUCGACAACAAAGGAGGGAUGCACUUUGCAGCGAUGAUGCAGAUCAAUUCAACCCUGCAGAAGUUAGAUCUCGGAGACUGUGAUCUGGGAACGCAGAGUCUGAUCGCGGUGGCCACUGUUUUGAAUCACAACGAAUCUAUCAAAGCCAUAAACCUGAACCGCCCGAUACUAUACAGUGAAGAGGAAGAAUCCACAGUCCACCUCGCCCUGAUGUUGCGAGCCAACAGCACUCUGGUUGAACUGCAUUUGUGUAAGCAUGAAAUGAAGAAUUUUGGCGCUGAACGCUUGUGUGAUGCACUGUAUGAAAACCGCAGCCUGCGGUAUCUUGACAUCAGCUGUAAUAAAAUUACUCGAGACGGAGUCAGAUUUCUGGGGAAGCUGUUAAAGCUGAACGACAGCCUGGAAAUCCUGGAUCUCAAUUUUAACAGGAUAGAAGACGAUGGAGCUUUCUACCUUAGCGAGGCGCUUGCUUUGUACAACCGGACACUUCAAGCGUUAGCAGUGACAAACAACAACAUAACUGGGAAAGGGCUUGUGGCACUUUCUGAGGCAAUGAAAACAAAUCCAGUACUUUCCUAUAUCUACAUUUGGGGCAACAAGAUUGAUGAGUCUGCAUGUGUGGCAUUUGCAGAUCUACUUCAAAGCGGCCGCCUGAAGCCAACCAACACUGACGUUGACCCGUAUGUAGUGGACGGGCACACGUACCUCGCCGAGCUCUCCCAUGGCCUCAAGAGACAUUACUAUUGGACACCGAGCUAUGGAGAACCCGAUAACAAGGAUGCCAAUGCCUCUCUAGCCGUAGCGCCUGUGGACGAGCAUUUGUGAAUCCGAUGGUUUUCUUACAGGUGAACCAUAUAUGAAUUAAAAUUGUAUUUAUUCCCUACCACCCCCCUGGCAGACCCAGCUCAGAGCGGCUUACAUCAGAGUUUAUAAAAUAAGAUAUAUAUAAAUUUAAAACCAUAAAUUACGGUAAAAUCUUACUAUGACAGUUUUUACAAUCUGAUAGCCUAACAUGCUGUCUGGGGGUAAUCUUGACUGGCAGCUACACAAUAACAAGACUGUGCUUGUUGGGUUUUUAUGAUGUGGGUCUCAAUGUAAGACAACUCUCUAGUUCCUUGGAGAAUUCAUCUUUACAGGUGCCAAAUGAUGGAUCAUAAACACUCCGCUGACCCACAAUCGGACAGUUCCGUGAUUGGCAUCUUUGAGACAGCAUUUGACUGUAAUGAAAUCCACUGCAGGCAAUGGGGCUUAACUCACGGCUAAGUUGCCUCUCUCUGUUGCUUUUAUUUUGAAGGUAAAGUUCCAGUCCUUUAGAAAUAAGUGCCUCUGAAAUCAAUAAUAUUUAGUCUCACAUAAA